CUUCGCGUUCAAGAUUAUUGCACCUAUUUAGCGACGCUCAUGCAAAUAUGUUUCUCCCGUUUUGUAUCAGACUAAUGCCAGUUUUAUUGUGCCAGCCCAAUGAGAUACCAUGCCGCAGGGUAACAUGGAUAGCCAACUUGACACAGUAUACUGACUCCGAGCCGAAUUGUUCUUGUUUUAUCCGUUAAUGCCGAGCGCCAGGCAGGGCUACAACAAGUACCAACUGUCAACGUUGACCGGGAUCGACCAUCAAAAAAUGAGAGAAAAGAUGUCCAGUUUUCCACUUCAGAGAUGUUGCAGUCUUUUAGUUGUGCUGAUGGUCGCAGCUUUGUUUUUCUCAUGGAGUGGCUUUGACAAGUUUCAAAUGUCACCACAGCCUUACCCUUCAAUCGCUAGAAGCCAAAAGCAGAGCCAUAAGCAAAGCCAUGUAAUUGAAACACAAAUCGUUCCAGAAAGCUAUGUGGUCAGUGAUGCCGAAAUCGAUGACGUAAAUAGUCAUGCAUCUUCAACAACCUCUAAGAUGUCAAUUAUUAACCCUAAAAUUGUGUAUACACUUAAUGGAACAAUCCGUGUUAAAAUCGAACUAUUUGACCACAAGAAUAGAACAAAAACCCGAGGUGGCGAUAUGCUUAUUGUAUGGAUGCGAGACAAAAGCAAAGGAGCUGCUUCAGCCGGAACUGUUAUUGACCAUGGCAACGGGACCUAUACUGGUGUUCUGCGGAUCUUGUGGACAGGACAAGCUGUCAUCCGUGCAGCAAUGUUGGCUCCAAGAGAAAAAAUGGCUUUUGUAAACAGGGAAUUUAGACAUGGAUAUGGUGGUAAGAUUCUGAUAUGCUUAUUUAAUACACCUGGAUUAACAGAGACGAGUUCGGGGCACAUGGAAAGCAAAUUUGUGAACAAAAUGGAAGUUUGUAAUUUAACAGACAAGCAUUAUGGUGUUCCGCUGUAUUGUGACAAACCCAAGAAGAAAGGAGUUCAAUGCAGCCACUGGACAGGGGUCAACUCAAUGGGAUAUCUAGCAGUGAGUGCAAGGCCAAACAGCAAAUGGUACUUGUCAUCAUCCGGCCCAGGGAUUCUUCCAGACAUUGUCACAGUCAAGAUUCCUACUGUGCAAAACACAACACUGCCGGCAACGGUUCCGUGUAGCAGGUCAAGCGUUCGGAAUUCUUGGGUGUCGAAACCUGUUGGUUUCUUUUACAACUCUACGUGGCGCCCCUUGUUGUGUUUCAAUGACGUAACUGUGGAAGACUAUGACCUUUGUCUAGCCAACAGAACUCUUCGAAUGUUUGGUGAUUCGACUGUCAGACAGUGGUUUUCUUUCUUCUACAAACAUCUGAAUCUUACUUGGAGAGUAGGACCAUGGCAAAUAACAGAGAACCUUCAACCAACAGGCAAUUGGUAUUCCUAUUCCGAAGCAUACAAAAAAGGUUUCAACUAUACCAUCUUUUGGGCCCCCCAUGGUCUACCAAUGACUUUUAACAAUGCCAAUAGAACUGCCCUCCGACCAUCCUUUGUUCAUCUCGAUGAGAUACCUUCUGGUUCUAGAGACAUUGUGCUCAUUCAUCUAUAUGCUCAUUUUCUCUUCUAUCCAGUACACAUGUUUAGAUCUCAAAUAAAACGCAUUAGACCAGCAGUACAGCGAUUAUUGGAACGGGCGCCAGAUAUAAAAAUCGCUAUAAAAGGACCCCACUAUUUUGUAUUAAACAGCAUAAUUUAUACAUUUGGUAGAAUGUGGGGCCCCGUAUAUGAUAAAAUUAUCAGAGAAGAGUUUGUAGGCCUUUAUGACCGUGUCAUAUACCUCGACUUUUGGGAAAUGCUUCUUUCUGUAGAGAGUCCUGAUGUUCAUCCAGGUGAAAAAUUGAUAAAUACCAUGAUUCGCACUUUGUUCGGAUACGUCUGUAAAAAAUGAACAUGCCAGUUUGCAUCUUUACGAAUACCGACUCAAUAAAAACAGU